AUGGCGAAUUUCCUCUCCGCUUGGCGCAAACCUUCUCCACCCCGUGCGACGUCGCACCGGGCGCAGCCUUCCCCUUUUCUCUUUACCGCCGGUUUCUCGGUGAUCUUCCUGGUGAGCUGGCGAUCGAGAUCCUUGUCUCCUCGAUACUGCUUUUUCAUAUUGCUCUCGAUGUGUAUUCACUUCGCUGGCCUAUCUCUCUGUCGGAUCGUUCAGGAUCGUUCUGGUCUGAAUUUGCACCGCUCUGUCGUGGAUUUUGAGGUAGUUUCCGUUCUGCCACAGUCAUCUCUUCGGCUUGUUUUCUCCUGUCUGCAGCUGUUGGCCGCCGGCUGUGACGGAGCUCCUUUCACGAACCGCAAGGGGGGGAAGUCAUCGGUGUUCUCGCUGUUCAAUCUCAAGUCGAAGAGCAAGUUCUGGAGCGAGAAGGUGAUUCACGGAGGUGAGCCGGGCUCUUAGUUAUCUUUUCAUAGUUUUCCUGUCUAGGCUGGACGUUGGUAAUUUCCGUCAUGUUGCACAUGUUUUUCUCCUUUUCUGCGCGUUUUUGCCAUUGCAUAGUCGAAGAAUGCACUUCGAUGACCUCUCCCUCCCUAUCUCUGUGCGUCUAUGGAGAUCUGUAGCGUUGUUGUUCCAAGAAAUGUCCGGCAUUUAUCUUCAUAGUCGCUAACAAUUUAUCCUGGGUCAAAUUGUUGCUGAAAUGAAUUAUUUCCAGAUUUCGAUGACUUGGAAAGUUCGGUAUUAUCUGAUCCUGCUAAAAUGGGCGCAUACAACUACACAAAGGCAGGUAAUGAAAACUACCAUUUUGCUCAUUGUCAUUUUACAAUCCUUGGUUUCCAGUGUUCCCAGCAACACUAGUGCAGUUGUUGUACGUUAGCUCUAUUACCCUUUGUUUCGUCCUGUACUCUUAUCAUUAUGUCUAUAUUUUAAAUGGAAUGAAGAGAUGACCAUCCCUGCCAUACGUUUUCUUUUUGAGUUUUCAGCUCCUCAGAAGAGUGGGUUGCUUUGCCAAGAUAUCUGUACUUUAUAAUUGUUUCCAGAAGUUUUUACACUAUGGUAAAACUGUCAUAAAACGCUUCAAUGUAGUCUUGUACCUCACAUAUAUGUUAGUUCCGUCAUCUCAUUCUUGGCCUUUUUGAAAAUUUGAUCUUUUUUGAGUUUUCACUAAAAUUACAAUCUGGAAUCCAUCGUUUGCCAUAUUUAGCAAACGGCAUAGAUUCAAACAUAACUUAAAAGAUAGACGCAUAAGGAGGGAUAGUGGGGAUAUGAUAAAGACAAAAGAAAGCAAAUGGUACUCAGGUCACUAUACCUUCUCAACUAUUGCCAAACAUCGAGCUAAAGAGACAUUUCUCAAAUAAAGUGUCUUCUAUGGAGUCGGAUAUUCCUGCAAUUGAUACUGUUGGAAAUGUGGUCUUUGUUCUUCGUGUUAUCAAGAGAUAAUUGGCUUUCGCAUGGAACUUAUCAACAUGUAAUCAAUUUUAUAUUUUCCCUUAAAAACUACUUUUGUUUUAAAAAACUCUUUACAGAAAAUUUGUGGUUAUACUAAUGCUUCUUAUUGUGUAAUAGGGAAUAUCGCAAAUUAUUUGGAGCUGUCAGAGGUCGUUUCUUUGUACAUCCCUGUUCAUGUGAACUUCAUUUUCUUAGGAUUCGAUGGACAAGGGAAUCAUGGUAAAUAUCUUGUCUUAUUAUAGUUUCCUUAUCUGAUCUUUCUUUCUGGAACAGUGACAUGUUUUUCUCGUUAAUUUUUUUCUAGGGUUCAACUUAGGUCCUGAGGAGCUGGAACGAUGGUUUACAAAAAUUGAUCACGUAUUUGAACAUACUCGAAUUCCACCAAUCGGAGAGGUUCUUAACCCGUUUUACAAGAUCAGUUUCGAUAAAGUCCAACGUCACCAUCUUCCACUUGUCAGCCAUAUAAAUUACAAGUGAUUACUCAGCCUUGUCGUUUUUUUAAUGUUCAUUUAGCUCUUUUUCAUUAAUUUCCAGUAACAAGAGCAAUCACUACACUGCUUAUAUCAUUCAUCUUGGACUUGGAUGACGAAUCCAACGGAUUUUGCACUGCCAACCCUAAACUCUAAAUAAUGAUUGGCUGGUAAUCUGUUGCUAACAUCCCGUUUGUUGCCUAAAACCUAGGUUGUAACCUUAACCAUUAGAUGUUGAGGGGAACUUCUUGUUUCAAAAUUCCAAAUCGUUGUAAAAUGUUGCCAAAACCAAUGUUUAUUCCUACAGUAAUUUUUUAAAAUCUAGCACGUAAUUCUGUUAUGAACCUACGUGGUGUCAUUACAUUAUUCUGCCAAAAAGUGGGCCAUGUGUAUUAAUUAUUUUAGUUGAGCAACAUAAACAUGUACAUGUUUAACUAUCUCUUAAAGAAAAAAGCUCUGUAUGAAAUUGCCAGAGUCUUUACUAAGACGAUGUUGACUAGACUAGGAUCCAAAUCCCCCAUGAUUGAAGAAUCCUCACAAAAAUGUCUAAACCUGCUCCCACACUCUUGAAGAAAUAUGAAUGUUUAUCCUCUCUAGGGCAACUAUGGUACCUAAAAAUCUGUUUGCUCCUGUGGUGCCAUUGACAAACAAACAAAAAAUCUACGGUAGCAGAAAAAAAUCAAAGAGAAGAAUGGCAAUGUGUGGAAUGCAUCUAUUAAAUAUCUCUGGAUGGCUACUGGUGGUUCCCUGGUUUCAAGAUCAUAGUUGCUUGUGCAUUUAUGAUGAUUAGGUGAAAGCCAAGGUGGGACCUCUUCAAUUCCCUGCAUAACACCUAGACUUAUGAGGAAGUUUCCUUCAACGGCAAAUAAAUGACAUUUUUGGCGCAAGUAUCUUCUACCGAAAUGAAACUACCUUGAUUACCCUUUAUCUAUGUUACCAUCUGCUUAAGUGCUCAUUCUUUUAACGCCCUCUGACACAAUUAUCUUUUUCCUUUCCUGAAUCAAAGAUGUUUUGAGCUACAUAUAAUCAUUCUGCAUUCCGUGACUCUGUAUCCCUGUGUUAAAUGCAGUUUUUCUGUCCAUGCCAUAAACAUGGGACAAAAGGUGACAUCUAUUUUUGAGCAUGCCAUAAAGGUUUUUUCCCGUAGGGAUGACAUCACAGAUGCCAGGUAAUCAUAUGAAUUCUGGAUAGAAUGGAAUAUGUGUUUAUUCUUUUUGGAUUUUUAAUUUUGAAAAUUGGUGUAUUAUGAAUUUAUUGCUGUUGAAUUCCACAUUCUGAUCAAGUUUGUUCAUUUACAGGGAUGAUGAAAGCGUUCUUUGGCAAGUGGACAUUGAUAUGAUGUAUCAUCUAUUCUCAAGUCUGGUUGAUUAUCUUCAGCUUGUGGAUGCAUAUAAUAUUUUCAUCUUAAAUCCAAGACAUGAUGCCAAAAAAGUUAAUUAUGGCUAUAGGUCAGUUCCAUCGAAGGAUUUUUCCUUAAGACAAGUUGCUGAUAUUGAAAAUUUUGUUUAAAUUGACUUAAUUAACGGAAGUGAAAUAUUUGAGGGAUUAUCAUGAGAUGUGAACCCUCGUGGGGAGUUUCAGAAUGCUUUACAAGUGAGUGACUCUCAUCUAUUGAGAGAACAACUAUAAAAAGUUAAACCAGAGAGAUCAUUUAGAUUCAGCACCAUAUUAUCCAAUAAGAUGGUCAAGCCUUCACAGUGAAGAUGGUGAUAAUGAAAAUAAGUCUCUGCGAUAAUGCAGAUCAUACAUGUGUCUAUUACCUGUUUGACACUUCGCGGAGACUUGUUUACAUGUUUGUACAAAUUAACAGGAAUCAAAUUGUCGAAAUAGUCUGUCUCACGUCUUCAGGUCACGUGGUUUUCUGCUUGUUUACGUGUGAAAAGUUUACAGUUAUUCGUUUUUAGUUUUCAUAUUCUGUUUUUCUAUUAGCUUUAAUGCUAGAACAUGAAGCACCCGUUUCCUUUCCUGUAGGAGGGGCUUGUCAGAGUCGGAAAUAAAUUUUAUUAGGAAGGUAUGCCUAAUCAGAUCUGUUUUUUCAUUUCAAACAAUAUGAACUGGAUAUGCUAGUUUGCUUUACAUUUAGAACCUGCUCUAGUGAAGGUCAAACUUUCACCUGGGAAAUAUCCGCAUCUGUGUUACAAACCCCUUUUCUUUUGCAAAGAAAUAAAACCUAGUUUUUAUUUCGUUUUUGGUAGGUUGUCUUUUUGUUACAGCUAAAUCACGGAAGUGUGCAUGUACUAGUAACUAAGAUUCUGGAAUGUUCACUUAAUUACAAUUCUAUUUUCUCAAUCAGUGGGCCUACCGCACAAAAACUAUCAUCCUCAGCUUGGAUAUUUUCAUGGAAUCCUUAUCAUGCUCUGGGUUAAAACCUAGUCUUAGAUUAAUUUUUGGACCAAGAAAUUUUUUGAUAAUUUAGUUUGAGUAUGCUGAACUAAACAAAAACAAGACAAGGUCUAUGUUUGGGAAGGAAAAUUUACAUGUAUCGGUGAUGGAUUUCUUUUUCGGCUUUACUCUGCUACAUAUAUGAGAAUUUUUGACAGGAGGCCCGCCAAAGAUUCUGAUUUCUAUAUGGUAAUAGCUGGAUCAUAAUCUGUGGUACACGGACUGCUGCCGAGUGUCACAAUGCAUGGGGUAUGCAUGUGGAAAAAUGAAACCUCGCUUGAGAUUGGUGGAAGUGGGAGUUCUUAGCUUCAACAAGUCUUGAAACUUUCGUUUUCCAGUCUUCAACAUACUGAGAAGCUAUGUUGUUGUUAAAGUUCCCAUAACAAUUAUCUUAUGUUCAAAAACCCUCUCAUGGGUUCCAGUAACUAUGGUCGUUGUUUUUCGUGAGAGGAGUUUGAGAACCGAUGACGGUAUAGAUGAUAGGCAGAAUAUAGUGAAUAAACAUUAGAUCGGUAGAGGUCUAUAUCCUAGAAGCCAUCAUCUUGCCCCAGAUCAAUGAAGAAGCAGGUAAAUUGCUUAUUCUGCCAUCUUGGUAGAAUAGGGCAAUGAGAUGCCAACAGAUCUCCUGGGGCUCAUAUUUUCUCUGGUUUUAAUGACAUUUUCGACGAGUUGUCAAGAAUAACUUAAUGGCCGCAAUGAUAUAAUUUUAUGAGAGGCCGUUGAGGAUUUAUAUUUUCUUUUAUACGUUUGUGAUAUUUUGUAAAAAGAAGAGCUUCUCUGCUUGCUGAUCUUAUAGCUGUUCGUGUAGACAUGAUUGGAUGAUGACAAGGUUCAUAGAAACAACCUUUUUUUCAUUUCUCGCAUCUACAGUCUGCAGAUUAUGCAAAAUAAUGUUUGAGAUGAACGUUCCAAAAACUCAAUCUAUGAAGUUACCGUUGGUAAUUUCAGAGGGUCACAGAUCUGGUUUUUCAACGGGACAGAGCAGCUGAGAUUGAUACAUUGGAUUGAACGAAACUCUUUACUUCAGUGGAUCUGUCAAGCAGCUAUUACCCACCUAAAGAUGUAGCCUCUCUUUGUCUUUGAAGUGAUGGAUUGCGACAUUGGACUUAAUGAAUCAAUUUUUUUAUAACAGAUUAGAAGAUUUGAAGGCUCAAGUUUUCAUUCAGUAGGAGAUAAUAAGUUAACUGGAAAUUGAUCGACCUAGUAUGUAAAUAUUAUCGAUCGUCUGGAGAGCCAAUCUAUUAGGGCUACAAAUGAAGUUUCUUGUCCAGCAUACUGGGCCAGAUGGGGGAACUAAUAUUUCUGCAGGGUGCUUUAGAAGUUUAUUGCACAUGAACGGAUAUGUUUUUGAAUGAUUGAUCAGUCUAAAGAAGUAGAUAUUAGGAGUGACUUGAUUCUUAGCUCGACUCCAUUUUGCAUAAAACCCAGAGCAAACAGGAUCAAAUCUUGCCUUUAGGUUCUGGUUUCCAUGUUUAAUUACACAAUUAAUUUUUAUCCUUUGUUAAGCUAGGUAGGUGAUGAGAUGGGUGCUCCUUUCGAGGACUUAAUGCAGUAUUCCUCGAUUGAAGUUCUUAUUUCCUGCAUAUAUUAAUAUUUUGACUGUGCACUUUUCGUCUGUGCUGUUUUCAAUGUUACUUUCUGAUACUGUUCAGAUCUUGGAUUCUCUUACAGAACAAAACUUUGCAAGAGAAGAUUGCAAAAUCAGAUAGUUCAAUUCAAGGUCUUCUCGGUGAGUUCUUGUUCUUGUUCUUGCCUUGUUUAUUUUAGAAUGUUCAAUUGGUUUCUUAGUAGAUACAACUAUCUUCCGGCCAGUCACCAGUUUUCUGGCCAAAGAAACAGAAUACUAUUUUAACGGCCAACUAUGGCCAAAUUUAUACAAAUAAUCUUUGCAUUUAGUGUUUAGAUACUAACUUUUCAGGCAUUCUACCAAAACUUCUUAUCUUUGCAGAGUUCAACAAAGUCAAGAGCCAGAAGCCUUUGUAUGUGAAUCACCCUAUGUCCAAAUUUGCAUGGACAGCGGCUGAAGGAAUUGAUACAGUGAAGCUACUUUUUCCAUUCUAUUCAAAUAUUUUAAGUUCAACGGCUUUUUAAAAUCAUUAUUUAUCUGACUUGAUAUUUAAAAAUUAUUUCAUCAGUUUAUAUUUAGACAGUUCAUUCAGAUGGUGACGUACCAUUUGUUAUGUUAUAAAUCAUUCAAAAUGAUAGGCUGACUAAUUUUAUUGGCCGGUAUGUUUUAAAUCCUUUCUGCUAAAAUGGUAACACUUUUUCGUUUCUACUGACUCCUGUGGCCCAUUUUGCCUGUGCGCUGACUCUAUGUGACCAUCGUUCAUAAGUUUUAAAUGCAAUUAUUUAAACAGAGAGCAGCAUUGAUCAUUAGCCAGUGCCAGGGUUUUUUUCAAUUUUUUUUUCUUACCUUUCAUUUUUUAUUUUCUUUUGGUCAGGAAAACUGGUCUAGCAAUAUGCAAAAUGCCUUGAAUAAUGUGGAAACGUUUCUACAAAACAAAGAUGCUGCUGAAAUCAUUUAUUGCAAAGCAUCUCAGGUUUGUUAUUUUUGUUAUCCGUCGUAAGAAAUUUCUUUCAAUAUUUCAAUGUUUGGACGCGUUGGAAAACAAAAUAGAGGGUUUACUUGUACCUUCCGAGCUUUUUCUCCCUAGAUACGGCACGGAGUGAAGGAUGAUACGAGGCUUCUAUUUGAAAAAGAGCUAAAAUCUGUGGACAUGGCUGGCCUUCAUGCGGAAUGUCUCACGGAUACGUGGGUUGGAAGAGACAGGUUCACUUCUCACUUUCUUCUGCGUAUUGAAAGAAGGAUGUUAAUGAUCUCUACCUUGAGGAAUACUAUUGACAUAAUUUUGUAUCAGAUGGGCAUUUGCUGAUUUGACUCUGGGAUCAUUUUCUUGGGGUCCAGCUGUUGUUGGAGAAGGUGUUCGAACAGAGUUCAGCUUACCCAAUGUUGGAAAAACAAUUGGCGCAGUUUCUGGUACUAAGAAUUUUCUUUGAAAUUAAUGUGGUACAGUGAGUGCCAUCUAAUAUCUUCCGUUAAGUUCAUCUAAUUCUAUGUUUGGAUCAAUGUUCCACUUAUUUUCAGAGUAUUGAAUUAAAAUUUCUCCAAGGAGCUACAUGGGGGAUUGAGAGUCACUUAUUCUUACACAUUCAUGAGUUGUGACGUGGAACAGGAAUAUCAUGGAUUAGUUAAUGGUUGGAGCGGGAUUCAAUUGUCAUAAUGUUACCUUGUUCAUAUAGACUUACAGAUAGUUACCUCGCAUGUUAGACAUCAACCUCAUUAUCCAGGGAAAAUGAAGGGGGAUUGGAAAAAAUUGUAAGGGACAGUUGUCAGGUUGUGCCUUAUGAUUACUUGAACCUUUUAGCUAAUUCUCAUAUGAGUUCGGCUCGAGUGCAUGUAUAAUAGUUCCAGUGUGGCAGAUGGUUGCAUACCCCUAAUAGUUGGGUUCCAGCCACUUGGUCAAGUUUGCUAUAGGUCAAGUGAUAUCUAUGUGUAUCCAAGAUUCGAGGGUAUUUUGUGAUAGUAUGCCUCGUAAAUACCAUAUUUACUGCCCAAAUCCUGUGUUAUGCAUCUAGUCCCACGGCCUAAAUACAAGUACAUAUCAUCUAUACAUUGCUCUUUUGGUAUCUAUAAGCUAUCCACAAUGAAAGAACGAUUAAUUUCAGGAGCAAUACAAAAUUCUUAACGGUUCAUGAUUCUUCCAAGAUAUGUUUCCUUGUUUGCAACUGUUCUUUAGUGGCUCUGUGCAUAAUGUCAUAAUAGUAGAAUAUAUCACAAGGGCUCGACAAGUUGCAGAUAUUUCCACUACUUUAUCAUGGCUUACCUAUUUCUACCUUUUCUCGAGAGAUUUAUUUAAAUUUUUUUCUCGACAUUCCUCAGAAGCAACCGAAGAGGAAGCGGAAGAUCAGUUGCAAGAAGCUAUUCGUGAAAGAUUCUCUGUAUUUGGUGAUGUACGAUAGAAUUCCUUCUGUAGAUACUGUCGUAAUGUUUUUUUCCUUUGGUUAGGUACUAAUAUAUGCGUUUUGCUCUUUCCCUAAGCGUGUUAAACCUCAUUUCAAGGAAAGUGCUAAUUCCCUGAGUUAUCCAGAAUCAUAUGACUAAUGAUCAGCUUCAAAUCUUAUCAAUAUUGUUGACUUCUUCGUGAACCAGCUCUUGCCCUUUUCUCUGAUUUCUUUUUGAACAAGUAAUACAUGCUCUUUUUUAUCACUGUUAUUUGGCCGUGCUUUUCGUCCCGGUUAGCAUUUCUACUCUACCUUUGAGAUUCCACCAGUGAAAACACAAUGAAGGAAGGUUCGCUUAAGUUGCCUAAUUUUGUUUCUUGUUUGAUUUUUUUCAUUCUCUCUGUAACUUCGUUCUUGAAAUAGCUGGUAACAAUAUAUGACCGUAAAGACAAGCUUAAAUCACCGGUAAAAUAUGAUCUUUUUAUAGCAUGAAUCAUUUUUGAGAUGCAGGCUUGAAUAUUGUUUAUUGCGUAGACUUAUUUUUUAUGACCGUUAGAAAAAUAGAAUAUUCCUUUUGAUUUAAGGAUAGAGCACAAAGAUUGGCAAACGGUUCUCUUUUCAAACGCUGUAGCUAGAUCGCUCAAUCUUUAAUUCUAAACUUACAGACCUAACCUUAAAAAGUUUCUUCAAUGAUAGUCGUUAAAAUGGUUCACUUUUUAGCUCUUCGAAACUCCACAUGGAUGUUUAAAUACACUAUGAUUUAUAAUUAUUUAAAAAAUCAAACUCGUAAGUUAUUAAUCUUACUUGGAGUACAACAUUCUGACAUAUUCAUAAUAAGAGUAGCUACAUCCUGACUUGGUAGCGUAUUAAUCAUGCAAAUCCAAUUAAACAACAACUACUAUCAUGAAGCAGCUAUAAACAGGAGAGUUUUGACCAAAGUGGAUGUUUGUCGACAUUGCCAAGGACAGAAAACUUUGACAGAACACACUGUAACAGUGCUAGAUCUGUCUUGGCCUAGAAACCAUGCCUGUGGCAUCCUCUGCCUUGGUGUAACAUGUCCUCAACCUUUUCUAAUAUUUACAUCUUGGUUGGGUGUAUUUUUACUGGUUAGUUUCUCUUCUUCUCUAACAAAAUGAUUCGACUAUUUUUUAAUGUACUGUGUGUACUCCUGGGAUUGAUAUUAUUCUCAUGUGACAGGAUCAUCAAGCCAUUGACAUACUCCUCGCUGAGAUUGACAUUUAUGAGUUUUUUGCUUUCAAACACUGCAAGGGAAGAAAGGUGAAACUCGCUCUCUGCGAAGGUAAUUCUAUUUGGGUGUUCAAAGCCAAUCGAAUGCAUUCUUCAAAAGCCUUUUUCUUCUUUUCUUUAUCCAAGUGAAUACGUGAUACUUUCCACUAUUCGAAAAAUAAAUUCGAAAGCAGUAAUUUAUCUUUUCACUGUUUACUCAAAGGUCGAAAGAUGCCUAGCUGUAUUCUUGUGGACAUCCUGUCAAAGAAAUGAGUGGAGUAGAUGAAAAUAAGCAAGUUUGAUAUGUAACAGUGAUUUUUUUUUGUGUAAUUAUAACCUUGGCGUUCAAAAAGAAAGAGACGAUUUUUUUGGUUUAAAAAAAGUAAUCAUUGUUUUGGGGUAACCAUUUGUAUCUGUGAACCAGCAAAAAUGUGAAUAGAUCAAUUUGGUACAUUAUGUCCUUUACAUGUUAAUGGUUCAGAACUUGAUGAGAGGAUGCGGGACUUGAAAAGUGAGCUACAGUCAUACGAUGGUGAAGAGCAUGAUGAGAGCCAAAAGAAAAAGGCCAUGGAUGCCUUAAGAAGAAUGGAGAAUUGGAAUUUAUUCAGUGAUACAUAUGAGGUACUCAAGUUUAUUUUCAAUUCAAGAACUUUUAUCAUGUAAAUGUGUGGCACACUAGUGUGUGUGGAUGUUAUCCUAUGCUUGUGGUCUAAUAUGUUUCUCUUUGCGAUGCUUCAUUCUUAUCUGACAAUUAUCGCUUGAAUCUCGGUUCCUCUGAUCCUUGUUUUAUUGCAUGCGUAUAGGAUCACCAGAACUACACUGUUGCACGUGAUUCAUUUCUAGCUCAUCUUGGGGCAACCUUGAGGGGUUCAAUGAGCCACGUAAUUGCCCCCUCUACCGCUGAUGGGGCUUAUCAUUACUACAAGAAGAUAUCAUUCCAACUGUAUUUCAUUACUCAAGAGGUAAAUUAUUAUUCUACGUCCUGUAUAGGUAUUCCUGUAUUGCAAUCUUUUUGACUUGCGUUGUUGUUUCAGAAGAAAAAUAUUAAGCAGUUACCUGUGAAUCUCGUGGCUCUUAAGGAAGGGCUUUCAUCUUUGCUGUGGCCCUCUCAAGAGGUGUUAUUUGGCACAAAUUUGUAUGUUUUCACUUGCUAUCUCAAGAAGUAUUGUUAGUCGCAAAACUCUAUGCUCUUGGUUUUAUUAUCUUUUAUUUUUUGAUCGUGUCUAGGAAUUUAUUAUUUUCAUAAAUCAAUAAAUUAUUUUCAGUGAUCACGUCUAGCAAUUUUCUAGACAUUACUACAUUUAUUUAUAUUCGACAGCUACAGAUAUCUGUGUAAUGCAUAUUUCUUAAAAGAUUUAUGAGUUAAGAAAUGUUCAAAGGCUCUGCUUUGAAUAUUAAUCCCUUCAAGAAGUUUAUUCUUCUAUAGGAAGAAAUAAUGAAAUUAAUCCAGAAAAAAAUUACAUUUGAGAAAAUUUUACUUCGAUGUUUUAUCAAAUGCCAUUUGAUUUGAUAAUGACAUGUUUUGAUUCUUUUUAGGUUGAGUCUUUCAGAGAAUUAUCCUUUGGCUAUGGCAUUUUCAGUGGCACGUCGGGCAGCUGCUGUCCCACUUUUGCUUGUUAAUGGAACAUACAGGUCAACUGUUCGUUCAUAUCUUGAUUCUUCUAUUCUCCAGCAUCAGUUGCAGAGAUCGAGUGAUCAUGGGUUGCUUAAAGGUAAUUUGAGAUCGAAGAUGCAGGUCAUCUCAAGUAUCUGUUGACUCACAGAUUAUUCCGUAUAUUUAUGCUUACAUGCUAGUAUGGCUUUAUUCAGGAAAGCAUUCAAGUAGCCGUUCUACCCUUGAAGUCCCAAUCUUUUGGUUCAUACAUAGUGAUCCACUAUUUGUGGACAAACAUUAUCAGGCAAAGGGGCUUUCUGACAUGAUCAUUGUUGUCCAAUCUGAGUCGCCAUCAUGGGAAAGCCAUUUGCAAUGCAAUAAUCGGUCACUUUUGUUGGACUUAAGGUUAAGACAUAAAUGAUGCACGCACUCUUCUUUAGUCUUUUAAGGUUAUGUUUGUUCGGUGUGGCUUUUCCUGUUCUUGAUUUGCGGGUAGCAGUACUGAAUACUCGAUUUUUUUUUAAGGAUGCCCAUAAAAGCUGCUAUUGCUGCCACAGCAGAACAUAUCGCUGGCCUGCUACCUCCUCACUUGGUCUAUAGCCCUGCCCAUGAAACUGCAGUUGAGGUAUGCCAAUGAGUUUGUUGUGGAUCUUUCUCUUGUCUAGGAUGAAGUUUCAUAUAAUAUGUAAAAUGAAUUUAUUUUCUUGAUUGCUUAGAGAGUUCUAGAAAUAAUAUUCCAUUUUCGUGAUGAUAAACGAAGCGGGUUUCCUUUGUGGAAUAAAUAUUUUUCUUCUGCUUCUUAUCGAUAUUAAUUUAGUUAAUAAAUGGUGCUUCUUAUCAUUCCAUUUAUACACAAAUCAUCCUAUCAUUCAAUAUUUCUUCUCUGUACACGGGCAUCAUACCUUUUACGAAAUCUUCCUUGAUGGGAAAAAGUCAUCCCUGAGGACAUAGCUAGGCCAUUCCUAAGGUCGAUUCCUCUUUAAUUUUUAACAAAGGUAUCUUUGUGUCCAUUCUGGGCAGUAGUUUCACUUCCUGAAGACUAUCAUACAGAACUAUCCAUACAGACGAGGAGCAUGUGAAUUGACCCGAAAGUGAAUGCUUCAUUUUCCUUUAAUCAGAUUCCAAAUCUUAAGAUUACGAAAAGGAAAGUAAGAUGAGGACAAUAUCAAUAGAAAUAUGGCUCUAGGUUCUUGUCUAUUGCGGUGUGGUUGUGAUUGCCAGCUACUAUUAAAUGGAAAGAAAAUUUAGUUGUGGUUUCUUUCGAUGUAUGAGCCACUAAAGUUCGAAGCGUUCCAACAUGCAAUUUCUGCUCUUUAAAACAAAAGGGAAUCAGAUUCUUGUAAGUAUCUAAUCAAAGGUGAGAUUAAUCGUAAUGAAGAAUAGAGGAAUUGAAAAGAUUCUUUAGGCUAGCAAGCAGUAGCAACUUCUUCGGACAUUCGUGUAGAAAUUUGGUUUACAAAAAGUUGGAGUUUCAGAUUCUUACGUUGAGAAACCAUCCUUAAUUUUUUCCCACAUUUAAUAAAAAUAAGAGAAAAUAAACGAAAGAAAUGGCCAAAAUCCAUCUAGAAUAUAAAUGUUUUGGGCAGAACGUCAGCUCAGCCUCUUGGAAAUAUGUUUUGGGCAUGUUGAUGGUUGAGCAGUAGGGAUGAAGCUUCUUCCCCGUUCAGAGAGUAGUCGUAGUUGGGCGAGGUGCUGUAUUCUGCCUGUGUAGGCAAGUUAGGAUAGUGGAGAGGGUCCCAUAAUCCAGAUUCUGCCCACUAUGGACAGCUGCAACGAGAAGAGUCAGUCAAGUAAUGGUUGCCAAAGGCAGCAUCAGUGAAGUUCUUUAUCGCUACCCAUUUAAGUCCCUUUGACGUCACUGUUAUUAACGAUGGUCUCAUCUUCUGUCCACUCUGAUUCAGGUGGCUACUCUCGCUGUUCUGACUGGCUUGUUGUGGAACAGCCGAUCAGACAUGGAGAACCCUAGCAGGAAGUUGGCGAUACAGCUAGCCAUAUAUAGCCGUUUUCUUCAUUUUUUAACUGGGACCGUUCUAAAAUCAUUGUUUAUGGUGAAAUCUUGUUGGUUGUCAGGAUAAAACUGGGCUAUCCUUUUGAUGCCCUACAAUUGAGAAUUGUGUCAGUAAUGAUUAAAAGAGUAUUUUGAAUGCCAUUUUGAUCCUCACCUCUUCUACGUGGGUCAAAAUGCUAUAUUGGUUGACUGUACAUGAUCUAUAGACAAACUGAGGAAAUUUGAACGACUGAGUAAACCAUUAUUUGUGGUAGUUGGGACCUAUAAAAUUUUCUAGACGUGUGAUAAAAUCGAAAUGGUAUAGAAAAUACAUUCUCGAUUCUUUCAGGGUUGACCAAUGAUGGCCCAUGCAAGGGAUCUAUCUAGGGAAGGGUUCUUUUCAUAAAGGAGAGACAAGUUUUUGGAAACUUCUACCAUUUCCAGAGUUUGGAAGAUUUGAUGCCGUCAAAUAGGAUUUUUUAAAAUAUUGCAUCAUGGACCUCGUAGUAAAGUGGCGAUCCCAAUCAGAAGCUGUCGAGGUACUAAGAGUACUUGGUAGGCCCUUGGUAUUCAGUAUCCAAGGUCCUUGGGACUAGAUAAAUGACUCUCAUACUAGUCACUAGACAAAUCAGUCUUUGAUAUUUCUGAUUUGGAUGUUCUUCAGAGAACAUCAUGAUCUUGGAUCAGAAGCAACAUGCUUUUAAAGGAUUUUGAGAGUUAAAAAAUUGAUGACUUGUGCCUUGAUCUAUUUUGAGUUUGACGAGUUUGAAAGAAUCCAGGCAAAAACUUUUUCCUAGGAGCUACCUGGCAAACCCAACAUUUUAUUUUUCAGAAGUUGGCCUGGAUUUUAGUAUUCUGGUCAGUGUUCCCAGAGAAUUACUUUCUCCAAUACCAAUACCCUUAUCCACUGAGGAUGCCCUCAUUUUUUUUCAUUGUAACAUGAUAUCCCCGGUUCGGGCUUUCCUGGCUGUGGUGGUAACUAGAGAAAGGUUCUGAGCCUUUUGACAUUAUCAAAGAAAAGUUUUUACUUGUUGAAUAUGCUGAAUACGGCCUUGGGCAAUUCCCGGAUGCAGGAAUUAUCAAUGUAAUAGCAGGUGAAUUGCAUCUUGGAUAUUCAUUUCUUUUUUUCUCAGUUCAUAAUAUCUUUAUUUUAUAGGUUUGGAUGCCAAACUGACCGUUCGUUUUUUUUUUCUUUUGGUAACCAUGCGAUUUGUUUCCAAACAUCGAACCAGCUCAUCUAAAAGUUGUAUUCUAUGUUAUAAUUGCUGUUUAUUUUAUGUUGUUUCUCAUCUUUUCUUCUUUAAUCUUGAACUUUCAAACUUAUUAUUUUAAAUUUCUGUAAUUGCACAGGAUUGGAUGUGGUCUGUUGGCUGUAGUCCUCUCUCUAUUACCUCUCACGGGUGGCAGAUUUCACGUUUCCAGUCUGACACCAUUUCUCGUAGCUAUAUCAUCACCUCUCUUGAGGAAUCUAUACAAGUGGUCAACGAAGCAAUUCAUCUUCUUCUGAUGGAGCGUACAAGUAUCCUUCUUGUUGAUCUGAGCAAGUGCACUGCACAUAAAUUGUUCUGUUUGGGGCAUUCAGCACCAUGAAACCGACUUGUUCACUGUAUUUCUUUUAGGACUAGCUACACAGGUUGCGAUUAGGAUCUCAAAGGUAUUGUCUGUCGAGAAAUGUCUUUCCUAAAAAAACAUAUUUCUGCAAUUUUAUGGUGUGAGUACACCGGCUCAUUUAUAGCUAUUGACUUUGUUCAUGCAUCAUGUCCGUGUUUUACCAAUUCUUUGGCACUUGUUUUUAUCUUCUCUUUUUCAUUUUUAGUGUGCCAUUUUCUAGUUAGCAUGCUGCACAAUGCUGCUUCGGAGACUACCCAUUUGCAGUAUUUGCAUUUUUCAUGCCAUAAUAUUAUAUAAUUAUUAUGGCAACCGAGGAGCAUUUUUUUCUCUGGCAUGUGAAUGCUGGUCAGAAUUUCUAUUUCUUGGACAAGGAGCCACGGACAUCUCACAUUGAUGUUUUGGUGAGGGGGAAGAAAAAAAAAAAGACUACCAUGAGUUACGAAACUCAGGAACCUUGCUAGUACUUAACAGAAAUCAGCUGAGAAAGGCUUCAAGGUAUUCCAACCCCAGCAGCGAGUUCUAGUUGAGAAGUACAAUUCAGUUGUGGGUCUAUGGAGAAGAGUAAGGGCACACUCGUUUUCUAGUUCGAUUUAGCUGUCUUUUUCAGUCGAUCUUUCUUUUUCAUAGUUUUUUUUUUUGGUGGCCUGCAGAUUUCAACUAUUUCUGGGGAACUGGAGUUCGAUAAUGCGUUGAGGCUUUUGCAUAUCCUCGAGGACGCGUCGAAGAGGUUAUAUUCAACCCUAAUUGCAUUUUCUUUGUAUGAUUCAGUAACCGCUGUGCUUCAUUCCCCACCCGUCAUUUUCUAUGAAUACUUGACCUCGUUCGUUCCACAAUUCCGCAAAAAAAAAAACUGACAGCAGCUCACUGCUUAGGCUCUCUCAAGUACCUGGUGUCGGUUGACGAGACAUUGUUCUUGAACUGUCUCGCCCAUUUUCCCUACUUCUGAUCAAAGUUCACUUCUUUUUAACAAGAACAUCCCUUUUUUUUUUGUUUUCCUCCCCCUCGCGACUUCAUCCGAUCAUCUGUCCCGUGAAUCAAUCCCCUCGCAUCGAACAUUAUAUUGCUCUGAGUUUGUUGGAAGACCUACUAAACUCGGAAUGCCGUUCCCCUGCGCUGUGGAAUCUGAUCCGUCUGUGUACCAACCCGCUGGCGCAGCUUCAAUGAAUCGGUGCACACCGCCAUCGCCUUGCUGCACCCGAUCCACUGCACGCGAGAGAGGAAGGUUGAUGUGGAGGUGGACAUGACGACCAUCCCAGCGUUCGCGGUGGUGGCCGCCAUUCUCUGGUUCGUGCUGCGGCCGAGGCGCCCAAAGGCGAAGAUCAACUGA